AAAUUAUUAUAUUUACAUCAUCCAAGAUGCUGUCAGCAAAAAUCAAGGUUAAUGAAGAUGGAACAACUGAAAAAGCUUCCUCUGACCCCCUUCAGAAGAAAGGGCUUAACUUAGGUACUGAUGGACUUGGAGCUGAAGGACCCUUGGAUCUUAAAGUGCAAUAUAUUGCAAGUACUAAUCAACUACCCAAAUGGUAUCAGAUUUGGGGACUUCAUUGGAGCUUUUUAUGAAAUCCAUCAUUUUCAUCCCCAAUUCUCUCAUUAUGGGUAUAGCUCACUCAGAGAGUUGCUAGAUGACAUGAGGAAAAUCGUAAUUGUAGAAGGCAGCAAAUCAGGUAAACCAGUAAUGAAACUAGCAAAUGAUGUUAAUUUUGAUGGCUGGCUGGAUGAAAAGAAAAAAAAUGGACUGGACAAUUUUGAAGAGGAACAUCCAAGGUUGAAGGAGGAGGAAGGCAGACAAGAAGAAACAGCGGCAACAGAUCUGGCUGCAGUCUUGGCAGCAAUUACCAAUCUCCUAAUGGAAUAUGAGUCGGGUUUGAAGAUUAAGAAAUUCCAGGCAAUCUUGCUUUCCGAAGAUGGAAUUGAUCUGGAGACAUUCAGCAUCACCAAAGGCUAUAAGAAUGUCCUAAUGUUUUUGGAUGACCAGAUACCUGGUAUAAAAAUCAGAUGGCAAGGAAUCCCUCACAAAUGUGUUGUUCAACUUCCUAAAGAUUUAACAGUUGCAUCUGUGCCAAUCUGUAGCAUCUUGCAAUCAUAUCCUGAUGGCUUACAGUUGACAAACAUAAAAGAGGCAGUGAAGAAAAAAUGUGGAUAUGACCUGGAAGUAUUUUGCUACCAGGUUGGCUAUGAUGACAUAGUUUCCUGCCUCCAGCAGAUUCCUGAACUGAUAAUAAACAAGGAUAAAAACAGGAAUUGUCAUGUUCGACUUAAGUCAGCUUCUUUCAGCUGUUCUUCAUUUCAAUCCAGCCAUUCUCCCUCUUGUGAUGCAGAACAGUUUAUGUGCACAUCAAACAAUCCAAACCAAAAUGAAUCUGAAAAGAAGCCUGCACUGAGUGAAGUGAUGACAUCACUCACUGCCCUCUUAAGCAAGUAUAUGGCGGGCCUGAGAGUAAAGAAAUUGCAAGACUUCUUGCUGGCAAAAGAAGGAAUUGAUCUUGAGAAAUUCAGCAUUGCCCAGGGCCACAAAGACACAGUGGAAUUUUUGGAGCAAAAGAUGCCUAAGUUGAAGUUGAAUUACCAAACUAACAGGCUUAAUAGUGUUGUUAAAUUUGACUCAGCUUCCUUCAGAUGCUCUUCAUCCCAGUCCAGCUCUUCUUUCACUUCUGACUCAGAUCAGUCUACCUGCACAUCAAAAAUUUCAAACCAAUUCAAAUCUGAAAAGAAGCCUGCACUGAGUGAAGUGAUGACAUCACUCACUGCCCUCUUAAGCAAGUAUACAGCGGGCCUGAGAGUUAAGAAACUGCAAGACUUCUUGCUGGCAAAAGAAGGAAUUGAUCUUGAGAAGUUCAGUAUUGCCCAGGGCCAUAAAGACACAGUUGAAUUUUUGGAACAAAAGAUGCCUCAACUUUUGAUGCACCAUAGAACGAAUAGGCUUAAUACUGUUGUUGUUGAACCCCACUCAGCAGUACUGAAUGAAGUCAUAGCAUCACUCACUGCUCUCAUAAACAGGUAUAAGACGGGCCUGAGAGUUAAGAAAUUGCAAGACUUCUUGCUGGCAGAAGAAGGAAUUGAUCUUGAGAAUAUCAGCAUUGCCCUGGGCCACAAAGACACAGUGGAAUUUUUGGAGCAAAAAAUGCCUCAACUGAUUUUGAAGUACAGAACGAACAGGCUUAAUACUGUUGUCCUUGAACCUCACUCAGACUUAAAAGACAUCUCUAAACCUGCUUCCACCAUCAGUGAUCUCUCUGCAAGUGACUCUCAGCAUCAAAAUGUACCUGCUUCAAUUGCUCUAGUUCCUCCUGAAAUAAAUAAGUUGUCUCACACAAAGCAGCCUGGUCCAGCUACCAUGACAUCAAACUUCCCUUCAUUCCAGGAGCCCCACAAUGCUUUAUCAGUCAAAGUCAAGAGUUCCUCUCGUUUUCCUUCUAUUGUUUUGUCACAGCAGCCAUACCAGCUCAGUGCAAACUCACACACUGAAGACCUUCCCAGCCAUUCAAAUGUGAUGACAUUCCAAACCUCAGCUGUUCAGGAUAAAUUGAAGCAACAAGUGGCCCAGAUUCUAGCCAUGUAUCCAGAGGGCAUGUCUCUGUUCCAGUUCCGUAUUGCCUAUAGUGCUACUUUUAAACAACAUUUCCCAGUGGGCAAUGCUGCUUCUACCAAGCAACGUCUUCUCGAGAUGCCGGACACUGUUUAUAUGAGGGGUCAUGGAGUUCAGGCAUUACUGUUGCCCGUGUCCCCUGAUGUAUCACCUGCAAAGCCAGGUCAACCUGCCUCUUCCAAAGUGGAGAAUGUUGCAGUGGUCCCUAGCCAUGCAUUGGUCCAUCCUGUAACUCUGACUAAACCUGCUGUAAAAAUCUUUGAAUCUUGCCUGGAGCCUGCUGUUCCCAAGGUUGCCAUUAUGCCUGUACCUAAACCCCAUAAUUCCUUCUUGCAAUAUUAUGAAUCCAUAAGAGCACCAGAAAAUAAUGGGAAUAAACCAUUCACUGAAUUUCAUCCCCAAAGCGUCCCAGGUUUUAUUAAAAUCGUGCAAACAAACACAUCUCCUUUGAAUGGUCCCAGUCCCAAGCUAAGAGAGAUCUCCUUCAUCCCACAUUUCUGUGCAGCUUUACCUACAUGUUCUCAAGGCACAGUAUGUGGUGAUAAUUUGCCGCCAGGUAUUCUUAAAUCCAGAUUUGCAUCUCCCACUAACUCAAAGAUUUCUGACACUCUCCCAUCAGUUGACUUGACACCAGUUCCCCCAGUUUCUGUAAAACCUGAAAUUUACUCUCCAAGGAGUACAUCACAGAGCUCUGUUGGUAUUCGGCCUAGCCUUCUUGUGCAACCACCAUUUCCCAUCUUGAGUACCGAACAAAGGAAUAGUAAUCAUGCUAUUGCAGAAUUUGAUUCCUUUUCUGAAGUGCAGAAACAGUCCAGAACUUUGCAGCACUUCUCAAGUCCUGACUCUUCUGCAAAGAGAAAUUCUGUUUCUCCAUUGUUUAGAAAUUCUGCAAGCUUCUUUCCACCCAGAUCCCAACCAGACCACCAAUUACAACAGCCUACCCAUGCAAGACUAGAUGGUCUACAACCCAGUUCUGUUUCUUUAGCAGAUAAAGGCCUCCUAAAAACCUCUUUGGACAGAGUAUCUCCUGUAGCCAUGUAUCAGAGAGAACCCACUUACGUGAAUCCUCUUGAAACCAGCUCAACUUCAGAAUCAUUCAGUACCUGUUCAGUCAGUGGACCUCUUCGGCCUUUGCACACUUCAUCUGUGAUUGCCAAUAAUUCCAUGGCUUUGUCAUCUGUGUCCUCCUCAGGGACAGAAGCAGUAAGUCCAGCUUCUUCUCCAAUAGACUCUAUUGCCAGUGCUUCUGCUAAUAUCACCAGUAAUUCCAGUCCUUUGUUUCCUGAGACUCCUACUUCCACUCAGCAGAGACAGUAUGCCAGCGCAGCUGCUACUGUUAUCUCAAACAAAAAAACAACAAGCCCUACUUCUUUGUCAUCAGAAUCCACCACCAGUUCACACUACCAGUUUGCAUAUGCUUCCAGCAGGAUGACCACUAGUUCCAGUGCCCUAUCUUCUGAGACUUAUGCUUUCACACAUCAGAGACAGAAUGCACAGGCAGGUGGGACUAUAAUUGCCUCAAGUACAAAAACAGUGAGUUCCAUUUCUUCUCUAGAUUCUUCCACCAGCUUAUCUUGCCACCAUAUCUAUGCUUCUGCCAAGCCCUCCAGUAGGUCUAGUGUGUUGUCACCUGAAGCUUGUGCUUUUUCAUAUCAGAAACAACAAAGUGCAACUGGUGCUGCAGGCUCUUCAGGGACAAGAUCAAGAAGCAAAACACCUUCCCCUUCAAAGUCCACUGCAUAUCAUACUCCAAAUGUUGCUUCCAGAACUACUUUAAAUCAUGAUCCUUCGAGUCAGGAUAAUGUCACAUCCUCAUUUUCUAAACAGGGGAACCAUUAUAUGUCUUUGCAAGAAAAGCAGAUGCCUGAGCCCACUUUUACUUCUGCUGUCUCCCGAAUCUAUGAUGCAUGUCUCAUCCUAUAAAGCUAGCCUUAAAAUGGUCCAUAUGAAGACAUUUGCCUAUGGAUACUUUUUUUUCAGGGAGAGAUGCCUCUUGAAAGUGCUGCCUAAGUGCAUUCAGAGACCAUCCUUGUCUAAGCCAACAAGUGACUAACUAUCAAAUUCAGAGAAUUCUCUCUUUAGAAUAUUGAAAAUGAAUUGAUGCAGCCAUAAAAAGAACUGUCAUUAAGAUUGCACACAGUGAGAUAGCUACCUCAAAUGGCACAUAACGGAGUUAGAGUACAGUAGAGGAAAGAAUGAUGGGUGCUCUUAUAGCUAUUACAGUGCCCUCUAGCUGAUUAUCUGGCUUUUUAUGUGAUGGAAAACUCCAUCAACAGCAUUGAACCAAUGUCAGCUGAUUUAACUCAUUUUCUGAAUGAGCAGAAGCUGUGAUUUCUCCCCCCCCCUUAGGUGGGUGUACACCAGGGUUCUUCACGGCAAACUUAGCCCUUUUAUGACUGGUGGACUUCAACUCCCAGAAUUCCUCAGCCAGAUACACUGGCUGAGGAAUUCUGGGAGUUGAAGUCCACAAGUCAUAAAAGGGCCAGGUUUGAAGAUCCCUGGUGUACGCCCUGGGUUGUCUUGCCCAGAAAUAUCACUGUGAGAUCUUUCUUUUAGUUCUACUAACUAGAGCUCUUUUUUUUGGUGGUGGAGGGCGAGGCAGGGUAAAAUUGUAAUUGUCCAGGGUGGUCAGAUUCUAUGCUGGAAGCAGCUUGGUUUGCUAUUGUGCAAGCUGUAAUUGUGUAUAAUUACUUUAUAUUGUUCUUUUCUGAAAUCAUGGGCACAAACUGAUUCCUGAACCUUUGGCCUUCUCUCUCAAUCUUCUGAAAUGUUUGUAUGCAACACAUUUGAAACAAUUCUGAAGCAAUUUGUUUCAAUAAUUUGCAAGAUGUUGAAUGUAUUGCUCUCUGAAUCCUGUAAUACCUGGGAGCAGAAUGGUUGAAGAUUGUUCUUUCUGUAUUUUUCUAUGGGAAUUCUGCUGAAUCAUCUUCACAUGAGUUGUGAUUUGGCAAAAAUAGAAACCUGGAUUGUUCUGAUUCUGAGUUGUGACCAAAACAAAUAUGAAGACAUGCUGGAAUGAUUUUAAGAACGAAUGCAGCUAGGUUGGAAUGUGUUGCUUUUUGCCCUCCUGCUUCUCCACACAGGGUGGGUAUUUGCCUGCUCACUUCCUAUUUUCCCAGCACUCUUCCCUUUUACUCCUUCAGCUGUGACUGAUGUCCCAGUGCUGCAUAUGCCACUGGCUGACCUGUCCUUCAAUCUUCCCAGCACCUUCUCCUUAGCUACCUCCUACCCUUUUCCUCAUAGUCUUCUCUUUCCUUCUUUUCUCGAUAAACCUUUUUUCUAAACCUGCUUCUGGCUUAUUACCAACCAUUUCUAUUUGCAACUACCUUCCCCUCCCCAUGUCUAUAGAGAAAGAAGUUAACCUCUUAAAGGUAGUUAUAUUGAAGGAUAAAAAUUUAGGAGAAUAUAUUCAAGCAACAAUAAUUUAAGGGAUGUGCAAAUUGUUUUGCAGACAAAUAUUCCAUCUCCAACUUAAUUGCUGUUUAGAAAAUUAAUACUUUAUGUAAUACUUUUGUUCAUUGUAUGUGGAUCUUUUGACUUAUAUUUUUGUGUCAAAUAAAAUAAAAUGUUUAGCAGA